AUAGAGGUUGGACGCGGCGGGGAGGUUAGGGAGCCAGCGAGGCCUUUUCUCCUCCUUGCUUGUCCCAGAUUGUCCCUGUGUGGUGUGUUAGCUGGGAGUCCUGCGUUGUUUUUCUGGGGUGGAGGGGUCAUCGCGGGUUGUGGGAGUGUUUUCAUGUUAGUGACUGUGAUCCAGGAAUCCGCCAUUGGAAAAACACCCGGCUGAGGGGGGAAGUAAACAGUUUUGUUGUUGACUUGUUGCUGCCUGUGGAGUAGAAUCUUGCAAUGGGUCCGAGGCCCCCGGGUCUUUUCUCUUAGCCAGAAUCCCCUCUUCUAAGGGUUUAGGGGCAGAGGAGAGAAAGAUGUGUGAUCCGAGAGGAGAAGGUUAUGGGCUUUGGUGGCAGGAAGUCUGCAUCCCACCGCAGCAGUGGCACCAGGCUUCGGAUAAGCUCUUGUGUGGGUUAUGCGGAACCUUUAAAUAAACUUCUGUCUACGGUGAUUAGGGGACCGUUGAUUUCACAAACUUCGGAAUAAUCCUGAGACGAAGUUUAGUGGCACAAAUUAAUUGAAUACAUAUUUUAAUGUAGUCAUAUGUAAUAUUUUUUAGGAAUUGAUCUGUUCCUUUGGAAGCAUUUUCUACCCGUUAAUGAGCCAAUUAUAUUAAAUCCACUAAUUGCUGACACUUCAUAUGUUGAAUUGAACACAGGCAUUUUAACAAUCUACCAGCAGCACAGAGUAUUUCCAGUUUUACCAUUUUCCAUUUAGGUAUAGUGUCCUUUUAAGUUCUAGGCACCAGUGAACCUUAUUUAAAAAGCAAAAUUGUACUAUAACAAGUGCAAAAGGAAAGUUUGUGUUCCUACCGUGCUUUAAAGUAUUAACGGUAGCAAGAGAAAGCCCGGUGGUGUUUUUGCUCAUAGAAAUUCUGGAAAUUAGGUGCCUGGAGUCUUACACUCAUUUUUUUGAAGUAUAGCAUCUGCUUCCAGUUUUCAGUGACUCCAUUGAUGAUGCAUGCAGUUUGGCAGUAUCAUACUGAGCUUUAAACAAGAUUUAUAAACAUGUUUGCUGGCCUAGACCUGAACUCUUCAGAUAAUCAGAGUGGAGGAAGUACAGCCAGCAAAGGGCGCUAUAUUCCUCCUCAUUUAAGGAACCGAGAAGCUACUAAAGGUUUCUACGAUAAAGACAGUUCAGGGUGGAGUUCUAGCAAAGAUAAGGAUGCGUAUAGCAGUUUUGGAUCUCGUAGUGAUUCAAGAGGGAAGUCUAGCUUCUUCAGUGAUCGUGGAAGUGGAUCAAGGGGAAGGUUUGAUGAUCGUGGACGGAGUGAUUAUGACGGCAUUGGCAGCCGUGGUGACAGAAGUGGCUUUGGCAAAUUUGAACGUGGUGGAAACAGUCGCUGGUGUGACAAAUCAGAUGAAGAUGAUUGGUCAAAACCACUCCCACCAAGUGAACGCUUGGAACAGGAACUCUUUUCUGGAGGCAACACUGGGAUUAAUUUUGAGAAAUAUGAUGACAUUCCAGUUGAGGCAACAGGCAACAACUGUCCUCCACAUAUUGAAAGUUUCAGUGAUGUUGAGAUGGGAGAAAUUAUCAUGGGAAACAUUGAGCUUACUCGUUAUACUCGCCCAACUCCAGUGCAAAAGCAUGCUAUUCCUAUUAUCAAAGAGAAAAGAGACUUGAUGGCUUGUGCCCAAACAGGGUCUGGAAAAACUGCAGCAUUUCUCUUGCCCAUCUUGAGUCAGAUUUAUUCUGAUGGUCCAGGCGAGGCUUUGAGGGCCAUGAAGGAAAAUGGAAGGUAUGGGCGCCGCAAACAAUACCCAAUCUCCUUGGUAUUAGCACCAACGAGAGAGUUGGCAGUACAGAUCUACGAGGAAGCCAGAAAAUUUUCAUACCGAUCUAGAGUUCGUCCUUGCGUGGUUUAUGGUGGUGCCGAUAUUGGUCAGCAGAUUCGAGACUUGGAACGUGGAUGCCAUUUGUUAGUAGCCACUCCAGGACGUCUAGUGGAUAUGAUGGAAAGAGGAAAGAUUGGAUUAGACUUUUGCAAAUACUUGGUGUUAGAUGAAGCUGAUCGGAUGUUGGAUAUGGGGUUUGAGCCUCAGAUUCGUAGAAUAGUUGAACAAGAUACUAUGCCUCCAAAGGGUGUCCGCCACACUAUGAUGUUUAGUGCUACUUUUCCUAAGGAAAUACAGAUGCUGGCUCGUGAUUUCUUAGAUGAAUAUAUCUUCUUGGCUGUAGGAAGAGUUGGCUCUACCUCUGAAAACAUCACACAGAAAGUAGUUUGGGUGGAAGAAUCAGACAAACGGUCAUUUCUGCUUGACCUCCUAAAUGCAACAGGCAAGGAUUCACUGACCUUAGUGUUUGUGGAGACCAAAAAGGGUGCAGAUUCUCUGGAGGAUUUCUUAUACCAUGAAGGAUACGCAUGUACCAGUAUCCAUGGAGACCGUUCUCAGAGGGAUAGAGAAGAGGCCCUUCACCAGUUCCGCUCAGGAAAAAGCCCAAUUCUAGUGGCUACAGCAGUAGCAGCAAGAGGACUGGACAUUUCAAAUGUGAAACAUGUUAUCAAUUUUGACUUACCAAGUGAUAUUGAAGAAUAUGUACAUCGUAUUGGUCGUACAGGACGUGUAGGAAACCUUGGUCUGGCAACCUCAUUCUUUAAUGAGAGGAACAUAAAUAUAACUAAGGAUUUGUUGGAUCUUCUUGUUGAAGCUAAACAAGAAGUGCCGUCUUGGUUAGAAAACAUGGCUUAUGAACACCACUACAAGGGUAGCAGUCGUGGACGUUCUAAGAGUAGCAGAUUUAGUGGAGGGUUUGGUGCCAGAGACUACAGACAAAGUAGCGGUGCCAGCAGUUCCAGCUUCAGCAGCAGCCGCGCAAACAGCAGCCGCAGUGGCGGAGGUGGCCACGGUAGCAGCAGAGGAUUCGGUGGAGGUGGCUAUGGAGGCUUUUACAACAGUGAUGGAUAUGGAGGAAAUUAUAACUCCCAGGGGGUUGACUGGUGGGGUAACUGAGCCUGCUUUGCAGUAGGUCACCCUGCCAAACAAGCUAAUAUGGAAACCACAUGUAACUUAGCCAGACUAUACCUUGUGUAGCUUCAAGAACUCGCAGUACAUUACCAGCUGUGAUUCUCCACUGAAAUUUUUUUUUUAAGGGAGCUCAAGGUCACAAGAAGAAAUGAAAGGAACAAUCAGCAGCCCUGUUCAGAAGGUGGUUUGAAGACUUCAUUGCUGUAGUUUGGAUUAACUCCCCUCCCGCCUACCCCCAUCCCAAACUGCAUUUAUAAUUUUGUGACUGAGGAUCAUUUGUUUGUUAAUGUACUGUGCCUUUAACUUUAGACAACUUUUUAUUUUGAUGUCCUGUUGGCUCAGUAAUGCUCAAGAUAUCAAUUGUUUUGACAAAAUAAAUUUACUGAACUUGGGCUAAAAUCAAACCUUGGCACACAGGUGUGAUACAACUUAACAGGAAUCAUCGAUUCAUCCAUAAAUAAUAUAAGGAAAAACUUAUGCGGUAGCCUGCAUUAGGGCUUUUUGAUACUUGCAGAUUGGGGGAAAACAAACAACAAAUGUCUUGAAGCAUAUUAAUGGAAUUAGUUUCUAAUGUGGCAAACUGUAUUAAGUUAAAGUUCUGAUUUGCUCACUCUAUCCUGGAUAGGUAUUUAGAACCUGAUAGUCUUUAAGCCAUUCCAGUCAUGAUGAGGUGAUGUAUGAAUACAUGCAUACAUUCAAAGCACUGUUUUCAAAGUUAAUGCAAGUAAAUACAGCAAUUCCUCUUUCAACGUUUAGGCAGAUCAUUAAUUAUGAGCUAGCCAAAUGUGGGCAUACUAUUACAGGGAAAGUUUAAAGGUCUGAUAACUUGAAAUAGGUUUUUAGGAGAAUUCAUCUACUUAGACUUUUUAAAUGCCUGCCAUAAAUGAAAUUGAAAUGGUAGAAUGGCUGACCACAGCAAUGACCAGCCCUCAUUAGGGCCCUGGAUGAUUUUUGGUCUAAUAACGCAUGCUAGUGUUGAUGUUUUUUGGUCAAGAGGGUAUGAACAGGAAGAAUUAAAUGCAGCAGGCUUUAUUUUAAAUGCCGAUUCACAUUACUCUGUUCAAGCUGCGUUGAGAUGUUAAACUGGCUUACUAUAGACUUUGUAAAAAUGGCUCCAGAAGAGUAACAAACUGAAAUCUUUGAGAUCACACAGGUUGGAAAUAUGUACAUAACUGCACAAGGUGUCAAUUCUGCUCUACAGUGCAGUUUUAGUCAGUUUUAGUUGCAUAGGUUUCCAUUGUAUUUAUAGUCUGUUUAUGCUAAAUCUGGCCAAAGAUGAGCAUUGUCCACCACUAAAAUGCCUCUGCCACUAUGAAUUCUGUGCUAAUUUUGUGGCCAGAAUGCGGUGAUCAAAACGCUCCAUCUUUUUACAGUGGCAUAGGAAGACGGCAAAAAUUUCCUAAAGUGCAAUAGAUUUUCAAGUGUAUUGUGCCUUGUUCUAAAACUUUUAUUAAGUAGGUGCACUUGACAGUAUUGAGGUCAUUUGUUAUGGUGCUAUUUCAAUUAGUCUAGGUUUAGGCCCUUGUACAUUUUGCCCAUAACUUUUUACAAAGUACUUCUUUUAUUGCACAUUCAGAGAAUUUUAUAUAUAUGUCUUGUGUGCGUGUCCUUAAACUUCCAAUCUUACUUUGUCUCUUGGAGAUUGUUGAACGCAGCUUGUCUAGGAAGGGGAUGGGACUAGAUUCUAAAAUUUAUUUGGGACCAUGGGAAUGAUAGUUGGGAAGAAAACUAUUUGCACACGACAGAUUUCUAGAUACUUUUUGCUGCUAGUUUUAUGUAAUAUUUAUUGAACAUUUUGACAAAUAAUUUAUUUUUGUAAGCCUAAAAGUGAUUCUUUGAAAGUUUAAAGAAACUUGACCAAAAGACAGUACAAAAACACUGGCACUUGAAUGUUGAAUGUCACCGUAUGCGUGAAAUUAUAUAUUUCGGGGUAGUGUGAGCUUUUAAUGUUAAGUCAUAUUAAACUCUUAAGUCAAAUUAAGCAGACCCGGCGUUGGCAGUGUAGCCAUAACUUUCUGAUGUUAGUAAAAACAAAAUUGGCGACUUGAAAUUAAAUCAUGCCAAGGUUUUGAUACACUUGUCUUAAGAUAUUAAUGAAACACUUCAAAACACUGAUGUGAAGUGUCCAGAUUCUCAGAUGUUUGUUGUGUGAAUUUUGUUUAGUUGUGUGUUUUUUUUGUUUUUGUUUUUUUUUUUUUUUCAGUGAAUGUCUGGCACAUUGCAAUCCUCAAACAUGUGGUUAUCUUUGUUGUAUUGGCAUAAUCAGUGACUUGUACAUUCAGCAAUAGCAUUUGAGCAAGUUUUAUCAGCAAGCAAUAUUUUCAGUUAAUAAGGUUUCAAAAAUCAUGUAAGGAUUUAAACUUGCUGAAUGUAAAGAUUGAACCUCAAGUCACUGUAGCUUUAGUAAUUGCUUAUUGUAUUAGUUUAGAUGCUAGCACUGCAUGUGCUGUGCAUAUUCUGAUUUUAUUAAAAUAAAAAGUUGAACUGCACAGUCUCCUUUGUUGUUGUCAAUUGUGGUUUAUUUUCAGAGGUGAAAAUAAAGUUGUGCUCUUGCCUGAAAAA